AUGAUGCAUUAUGUGGCCCAAGGUGUCGCUGGUUCCAUUCCGAUGGCCGACGUCGUCGCCACUCUCGAACCGAGAUUCAGGUGCAGGGGCCGGGCAGAGUCCGCGGGCGCCAUUCGCGAUGCCCGACUGGUGAAAGACAGCGUUCUUUGUCUGAGACGAGGUACCCUGGUAGAUCCAAUACAGUCACAAUGUCAGAAACAGGUGACACAAUCGAGCCAGAGAGUCAAGCUGAUCCUGCAAACGAGGAAGAAACUGCCGAGAAUGACGGGGAUAUCGGCCAUACGUCGGCCACCACAGAUACCACAAACGCUACCGUUUCCCAGGAUGAAGGCGAGAGAGAAUCCUCGAGCAUACAUGCACGUGGAGGUGGCUUUGGGCGUCUCUUGCGCCAAUGCUUCGGGAUACGCUCACCACCAAGCCCAAUUCCGCAAUAUAUAUACCACGAGUACCCUGUGCCCCGACCUCGUCCUCGACCUCGACACCAAUCCCGACACCGAUCCCGGCACCGAUCUCGACACGGACCACGAAGGCGUACGAGGAGUCACAGUAGCUAUGGUCACAGUCGCUCCCACUAUCAUCGAAAUGACCGCUAUCGUUCACUUUCACCUCGCCUCCGCAGGGAGCAUCGAUCAGUACCAGCCAUAG